GCCUUCAUACAAAUAGCCGUUCUCGUCUGCUGCGUGCUAUCGCUGCACUGUGACUCAACUGGCCGACUGACUAGGAAGUACCUGUGUGCCGGUUAGCGGGCGGAGGUCUUGAAUACUCGCCAUCGAAUUCACUGGGUUGCCCGAGUCAUGCUAUCUACUGCGCCCACUUACCACCAUUGGUCGCCGCUGGCAGCACAUUCACAGCCAGAGACAGCCCCUGGUCAGAGUGACAGCUGCAAAGUCACCAAUAGCAAACGGAGGCGGUCAUGGCUUUGUAUAACCGUGCGAGUUUAUCUUAGCGGCUUGCUAAUUUAUGUGGCACAUGAGGAUCCGUUCCUGUUCCUCGUAAUUGUAGUUGCAUAUCAGGCGGUGCAUUAAAAG